GUAGUCGGACGUUUAAAAAUAAACGCGCUUCGUAUAAAAAUACCAAACCAAAACAAAAAAAAAAAAACCAAAUUCGAUUCAAUAUUCACUCCAAAUACCGCAACAGCAUAGAGGAAAAAACCUAAGGAAUAUAUAGAUAAUACAAAAUAUCUAAAAUACUAAAAAGAAAAGUUUUAAGUACAAGGCGAAAAAAGGAAAAAACAAAUCAACAAUAUGUUUAGCUCACUUACAGCCUCUUUGAAGAACUUUGGCGACAAGACAGCCAAUCUGUUCAGCAAGAAGAAGGAUGAGGCUGAGAAAUUGGCCAACGAUAAGGCCACCGAGGCACAGAAGCUAGCCGAAGAGCAGGCUAAGAAGGUGGGUCAAUCAGUGCAGCAGACCAAGAGUGAAGCCGAACAAUUGGCCACCAGCACUGCCAAGGAUGCUGCUGCCUUGGCUGCCGCUGAGGCCCAAAAGGCUGGUCAGGCCAUCGAUCAGGGUGUUAGCCGUGCCGCUGGCGCUGUCAAUCAAACCAAACAGGCUGUGGACAACACCGUGCAUCAGGCUCAAACAGUGGCCCAGAACUCCAAGCAGGCGGCAGCCAACAUUGCCGAGGCUACUCAACGUUCUGCUGCCAAUGCUGUCGAUCAGACCAAAAAGGCCGCCAACGAGGCCAUCAACAAGAGUGUAAAGGCAGCCGAAACUGUUGCCGAUCAGAAGCUAAAGGAAGCCGAAGGAGCCAUCGAUGGUGCCCUCAAGCAGACCAGCCAGGCUGUCGACCAGAAAUUGCACGAGGCCAAUCAGUAUGUGGAUCAGAAGCGCAACAGUCUCGAGAAGAAUAUCCAGGAGACCGCGAGCCAUGCCCAGGAUAGUGCCGGUCAGCAGGCUAGCCAAUUGUUGGGCAAACUGAAUUUGAAGUAAUUAAUUUAACCUGCAAAAUUGUGUCUAAUUAAAUACAAACAAGUUAAAAUCAAAAUCAAUUUAAAAAACUAACAAAAAACAUGAAAAGAAUGCUUUAGAAACGAAUGGAAUUUGCUUCAACGUAACAAGUGCCAGUAAUGUGAUUGCUAAAUGUUAAUGGAAAUAUAUUUAUAUAUUUAUAUAUAUGUA